AGCUGCCCUAGCCCAAGACGCGCGCAUCCCCGCAGCCUCAGAUUCCUUCAUCACCCCCUAGGCCGGAGCCGGCGCGACCAAUAAGGUGCCAGGUCCGCGGCCUCCCCGCCACCGACCAAUCACGAGCGAGCCCCCCCGCCGUCGCCUUCCGCCAAUGGGAGAAAGCCCGCGGGCCGGGCCGACGAGGCACACGGACCACACGAGCGCGGCGGCGGCGACAGCGGCGGGCCAGGCAAGAGCACAACAUGGCGGCGAGCAGGCCGGACCGAGCUACAGCAGCGGCCGCGCGAGGAAGUGAGGUCUCUGGCGAAGGCGGGAAGCGCUGCCCCUCCCCCCGUCGCCGCUCCCCUAUCACCCUCGCACAGAACCUCCCGCACACUCACACGCCUCUGCUCAGGAGUCCAGGAAGAGUAGGAGCCGCCCCCGCGCUCCUUCGGAGUCGGGCAAUGCAGAGGCCCAGGCACGGCGGAGGGGAGGGGGAAGCGUGCGUCACGGAGAACGGAGCGCGCGCGACGCGGGGGCACAAGCAAGAUGGCGGCCACGCCGUUUGCACCGUCUCCGCUUUUCCCCUCCCCCUCCCCUGGCGCCUGGACUCCCAGUAUCGUGCAGCGCGCAGAAGCGCUGCUGUUUGAGGUCUCGCGAGAAUUGGGAAGGGGCGACGACAGAGUGAAGCGGAAUGAGAGCUGGGAGUUUUAACACCGCCCUCUUUCGGAAGCUCGAGAUCUCAGAGUUUUGACCCCGCCCCCUUUCGGGGAUCUGGAGGCGCUGCCAGGUGACCUCCACCACGCUUCCCACCCUUGUGGAUCUGUCUUUGGUGCGAG